GUCCGCUAGGUUCAGGAGCUGUUUACUGUGAGCAUUCUACUUCGUAGAAAUGACAAAAUUUCCGUUUCGAGACUGGCGCGUUUGAUGCAUUUGUCGCUGACAUCAAUAUAGGCGUUUUUUUUUUCAUUUGCGUGUUUUGUGCCUGCAGUUUCGAUAGAUUAUUGUAUAAUUGUAUCGUUCUCAAGAACAUCUUUCCAUAAAAUUGCAAGAUGCUGAACACAGGAAAACUCGCUGGUCGUGUGAUCUUCAUCACCGGUGCCAGUCGCGGCAUCGGCAAGGAGAUCGCCCUGAAGGCGGCCAAGGACGGCGCCAAGAUCGUAGUGGCGGCCAAAACAGCCGAGCCGCACCCCACCCUGCCGGGCACCAUCUACACCGCCGCCAAAGAGAUUGAGGCCGCCGGCGGUCAGGCGCUGCCCUGCGUGGUCGACGUCCGGGAUGAGUCAGCCGUUCAGGGAGCCGUCCAGGAGGUGGUCAGGACGUUCGGCGGCAUCGACGUCGUCGUCAACAACGCCUCGGCCAUCAGCCUCACCGGCACCCUGGAGACGAGCAUGAAGAAGUUUGACCUGAUGCACACCAUCAACACGAGGGGAACGUAUCUAGUGUCGAAGGCGUGCAUUCCGUACCUGAAGCAGGGCCAGAACCCGCACAUCCUCAACAUCAGCCCGCCGCUGAACAUGAACCCGCGCUGGUUCCGCGACCACGUGGCCUACACCAUGGCCAAGUACGGCAUGUCCAUGUGUGUGCUGGGCAUGGCGGAGGAGCUGAAGCCGCACGGGAUCGCUGUCAACGCACUGUGGCCGCGCACUGCCAUUAUCACUGCCGCCAUGAAGAUGCUGGGCGGUAGCGACGUGGACCGGCAGUGCCGAAAGCCGGAGAUCAUGGCGGACGCCGCGUACGUCAUCCUCACCAAGGACAGUCGCAACUACACGGGCAACUUCGCCGUGGACGACGAGGUGCUGCGUGACGUGGGUGUCACCGACCUGGCCCAGUACGCCGUCGAUCCUAAGGCCACCCUGCUGCCCGACUUUUUCCUGGACGAGGCUCUCAGUGCCGGCGUGAAGGAGACCUUCAUCCAGCAGGGUGGCAAGCCCAAGUUCGACGCACUGGGAGGUGAUAAGCCGUCAGAGGGUGCUGCUGCCGGCGGUGGACCGAUCGCCGACCUCUUCACCAAGAUCGAGGGCUUCCUCAGCGAGGACAUCGUCAAGAGCACGCAGGCCGUCUACCAGUUCGAGGUCACAGGCUCGGACGCCGGUCAGUGGUUCCUGGACCUGAAGAACGGCUCCGGCUCGUGCGGCCGCGGACCGGCCACCUCACCGGACUCCACCUUCAAAAUGAGCAGCGACGACUUCCUGAAAAUGUUCUCCGGCAAGCUAGCGCCGGCAGCCGCCUUCAUGACCGGCAAGAUGAAGCUCUCUGGAGACAUGGGCAAGGCGAUGAAGCUCGAGAAAAUGAUGGGCAAGCUGAAGUCUAAGCUGUAGGGUGACCUGCCGUCCCGGUGCUGGAUGGCAGGGUUCGUGUUGGUGCGCAUUGGCACCGCUGCCGGACAUGCAACUCUGAUUGUUGAAUGUAGGGCCGUCCUGUUAACGUGGUGCAACGGAUUCAGGCGUGCCGCUCAUUGUUUGAGCAAGUGGCGCCGAACGUAUUUUGUUACUCAGAUUUAGGAAACUGCAGGUUAUUUGGCUGAUGUUGCUAAUGAGGGUGUGAAGUAGCGAGUGAGGCGUGAGUGGAUAUCAAUGACGUAGUUAAAAUGGAUUUGGAAUGUCACAGCGUUAUUCCUCGUUCUUGCUUGUCUUGCCUUCAAUCUACAGUUCAAAACUAGGCGAGAAUAUUAUUGCGUUGACGUUUGCCAGUAUGGUAGAUCUGAGUGAUCGUUAGUCCGACGAGAAUUUGCAAAUUUUCGAGCGCUGUAUAGUGCGGUUGGCUCGCAUGAUUGAAGCGGUUGAGUAAACUGAACUAUAAUAAUUUUCGGGACUGAUUUGAAUGCCGUUAUUGUUGAGUGUUUGUUAUGAAUUAGCGAACUGGAUAGCCAGUACCACUCCAUCAAUGCAAUAUACAGAUAUUUGAUCAAGAA